AUGGCUUCUUACAGUGUAGAAGUUGGAGGUGGUGUUAAGGUUCAAACCACAGUAGUCAAGACUGCUUCAAUGGUGGACACUUUUGUUGGGGAACUGAAGAAUCUCUGUGCAGGCAACACAAAGCCUAUCAUUGGGCUGGAUCUGGAGUGGAAUUCCAACUCGGCAGACCCAAAGGUUGCAAUUCUGCAGCUUUGCGUAGGCACUAGAUGCCUUAUUAUACAGCUGCGUUACCUUAAUGUUGUCCCUGCAUCUCUGAAGAACUUAAUAUCUGAUCCUGCUGUCUCUUUUGUUGGUGUUGGAGUCACUGAAGAUGUUGCUAAGCUCCUCAAGGAUUAUGGGAUUGAAUGUAAGAAUGCUAUUGAGUUGGGCCCACUUGCUGCUAGGGUUUAUGGGAAGACGACUGAGUAUGCAAAGAAAGGGUUAGCUGAUUUGGCCCUUGAAGUUGUAGGGUUUCAUAUGGAGAAGCACCCAAAUGUGAGUUGCUCCAACUGGGACAAUGAGACUCUCACUAAUGAACAGAUCAAAUAUGCAACUAUUGAUGCAUAUGCUUCCUACCUCAUUGGGAAGAAGCUCUUGAUUGGAUGAAGAUGAUAUAUUG